UCCCACAAUGCAGCGGGUUCUCAGGGCCGUGGAUGUUAAACAUGAUGGACCUGGACAUGGACGUCUCUAAACCGUAACCCAGCCGCCUCAGCUCGCAGCGUAAGCGGCCCGCCCCCCCGGCCUCUUCUCCGUGGUGUUGGAGCUGCAGGAGGGAUGGACGAGUCCGUGAGUCCAGUGAAACCAGCCAGACAGUCCCAGUCCAGAGGAGCCAAGGCGUCGCCCGCUCAGAGGUCCAGUAAGGAGGGUUCAAAGUUCCCGCAGCGCGGCAGAGAUCACCUCGCCGCUGCCAAGGAUGAACACAGCACAGGCAGCCCGCUGAGCUGCGCGCCAGGGAAGGCAUUUCCAGAGAAACCGCAGGACAGGAAGAGAGGCCGGUCCUCCAGACUGACCCGACUGACUGGAAGAACUAGUUCUGGGGAGAGAACCAAAGGCAGGGCGGGUAGCUCCCAGAACCAGCUGGCCCAGUCUGCCGACUCCAGGGCGCCUCGCUCUCUUGUGGACAGGGACGCCAGCUCUCCUGCCGCGCCUGGACCUCCAUUGAGGGGCGUCGCGGAGCCGGACCGGAACCCCGCUGGAGCCUCGGCCAAGUCCCACGUGGUGAAAGCUGCAGCGCCGGUGGACCUGGAGGCUGAGGAGGCGGCGGAGGCGAGGCUCGACAUGGACGAGGGACUCCUGGCGGAGCAGCAGCUGGGCCUCCAGCAGGCGGAGGAACGCCUCUACAGAGACUACAUCCACCGGCUGAUCAAACAGUCCCCCGAAUACCCCAACUACCAAUACUUAUGCAAGCUGUGCUCCGUGCACAUCGAGAACGUCCAGGGUGCUCACAAGCACAUCAAGGAGAAGAGGCACAAGAAGAACAUCACGGAAAAGCAGGAGGAGAACGAGCUGAGGGCCCUGCCGCCGCCCUCCGCCGCCCAGCUGAGGGCCGUGGACCUGGCCGUGGUGGAAACGGCCCGGCAGCAAGGCAUCUCCGAGGAGGAGUUCGAGACCCGGAAGGUGGUGGUGGCCCGGAUGGAGGAGGUCAUCAAGAGGCACCUGGCAGCUUGUUCUCUCCGUCUCUACGGUUCCUGUCUCACCCGCUUUGCCUUCAAGACGAGCGACAUCAACAUCGACGUCACCUACCCCUCCACGAUGACGCAGCCGGAAGUCCUGAUUCAGGUGCUGGAAAUCCUCAAAAAGACCCCUGAGUUUUCUGAGGUGGAGUCAGAUUUUCACGCCAAAGUUCCCGCUGUGUUCUGCCGAGACCCUUGCAGCGGUCUGAUGUGUAAAGUGAGCGCGGGGAACGACGUGGCCUGUCUCACCACCAACCACCUGGCAGCUCUGGUCAAACUGGAACCCAGACUGGCUCCUCUGGUGCUGGCCUUCCGCUACUGGGCCAGGCUGUGUCACAUCGACUGCCAGUCCGAAGGAGGCGUCCCGUCGUACUCGCUGGCCCUGAUGGUCAUCUUCUUCCUGCAGCAGAGGAAGGAUCCCGUCCUCCCCGUCUACCUGGGCCGCUGGAUCGAAGGCUUCGAGGUGAAGCGGGUGGACGAGUAUCACCUGACUGGAAUCGUGCUGGACAUGUUCGUGAAGUGGGAGCACAGACCCCCGAGCUCCACGGAGGGUCGGGGGGAGAACCGCAACGAGGCCCGGGGGGAGAGCAGGUCGAAGCCGGAGCAGAAGAAACUUGACGACGGUCACUACACGGAAGGCCUGAUCAACCUGACCACGGACCAGGGCAAGGGGGCGUCUCUGGGCCAGCUGUGGCUGGAGCUGCUGCGCUUCUACACGCUGGAGUUCGCUCUGGAGGAACACAUCAUCAGCAUCCGGCUGAAGCAGCUGCUGUCCCGGGAGGGCAAGAACUGGCCUCGGCGGCGGCUCGCCAUCGAAGAUCCGUUCGCCCUGAAGAGGAACGUGGCGCGGAGCCUGAACAGCCAGAUGGUGUUCGAGUCCAUCCAGGAGCGUUUCCGAACCGCCUACAAAUACUUCGCCUGCCCUCAGACCAGAGGCGCCGGGGGACGCCGGAGACGCAAGAGGACGGGGGGGCGAGGGCUGAAGGGACCGGGGAUGACGGAGGAUGCGCUCACGAACAGAGAGGAGGAUGAUGGGAAGGAUGAGGGACGUCACGGCACUCCGGGAGGACGACAGGAGUCGAAGGACGAGGAGGAGCCCGACAGCGACGGGGAAGACGGGAAGACUUUAGAUGCUGAACUCAUGAACCUGGGAAUACGGGAGGGGAACAAACCCUCCUCCUCCUCCCCCAACGGCCUGCUGGACAGCGACGAGGAGGAGGAGGAGGAGGAGGAGGAAGAAGAAGAAGAGGAGGAAGAGGGGGGGAAGACGGCUGGACCUGUCGCCUCAGACGACCUGCACUACGUGUUUGAUAAGAUGAUUUUCACCGGUGGGAAGCCUCCGACGGUCGUGUGCAGCAUCUGCAAGCGAGACGGUCACCUGAAGGACGACUGUCCCGAGGACUUCAAGAAGAUCGAGCUGGCGGUUCUGCCUCCGAUGAACGAGCGCUUCCGGGACAUCCUGGACGGCCUCUGCAAGCUGUGCUACUACGAGUUGUCGCCUUCGCACUUGGAGCAGCAGAAGAGGGAGCAGAUCCUCGUCGGCCUGGAGAGAUUCAUCAGGAAGGAGUUCAACGAUAAAGCCCAGCUCUGCCUGUUCGGAUCCUCUAAAAAUGGCUUUGGUUUCCGUGACAGCGACCUUGACAUCUGCAUGACCCUGGAGGGCCACGAGACCGCCGAGAAGCUGAACUGCAAAGAGAUCAUCGAAGGCCUGGCAAAGAUCCUGAAGAAGCACGCAGGUUUGAGGAACAUCCUGCCCAUCACCACCGCCAAAGUGCCUAUCGUGAAGUUUGAGCACCGGCAGAGCGGAUUGGAGGGAGACAUCAGCCUCUACAACACGCUGGCUCAACACAACACCCGGAUGCUGGCGACGUACGCGGCGCUGGACUCGCGCGUGCAGUUCCUGGGCUACACCAUGAAGGUCUUCGCAAAGCGCUGCGACAUCGGAGACGCCUCCAGAGGAAGCCUCUCGUCCUACGCCUACAUCCUGAUGGUGCUUUACUUCCUGCAGCAGCGGGAGCCGCCGGUCAUCCCCGUCCUGCAGGAGAUCUUCGACGGUGACGCCGUCCCUCAGCGGAUGGUCGAUGGUUGGAACGCGUUCUUUUUCGGCGACCUUGAAGAUCUGCGCCGCCGCCUGUCGGACCGCCGGCCGAACGCAGAGUCGGUGGGGGAGCUGUGGUUGGGGCUCCUGCGGUUUUACACCGAGGAGUUCGACUUCAAGGAGCACGUCAUCAGCAUCCGCCAGAGGAAGCGGCUCACCACCUUUGAGAAGCAGUGGACCAGCAAGUGCAUCGCCAUCGAAGAUCCCUUUGACUUGAAUCACAAUCUGGGUGCCGGAGUCUCGCGCAAAAUGACCAACUUCAUCAUGAAGGCCUUCAUCAACGGCAGGAAGCUGUUCGGGAUGCCCUUCUACCCCAUCCCCGGCACCGAAGUGGAUUACUUCUUCGACUCGAAGGUGCUGACGGACGGCGAGCUGGCGCCCAACGACCGCUGCUGCCGGAUCUGCGGGAAGAUCGGACACUACAUGAAGGACUGUCCCAAGAGACGCAGGAUGAAGAAGAAGGAGAACGACAAAGACGAGGACGUGAAGGAGGACGAGCGCGAGCCCAAGGACAGACGCUGCUUCCACUGCGGGGACGCGGGACACGUGCGGAGAGACUGUCCCGAGUACCGGAACCUGAAGAAGAGGAGCGCCGGAGCCCCAGCUCCUCACAUGGUGCGGUCCAUGGUGAGCUCCCAGUCCAUCCCGAUCCCCCAGCCUGGCCCAGACGGGCCCUGCAGGACCCGCCAGCCGUCUGAAUGUUCGGACAGCAGGCAGACUCCGCCCUACUCCCCCCAGCCCGCCCCCAGCUCCUCCCAGGUCUCCGGUUCUCCUCAGGCCGCCGUGGGCAAGAGCGGCCCGGCGGGCCCCCAGAAGCCCGUCCACCCGCAGGUCCAGCUCUCCCUCUUCAGCUUCCCCCCUUCACACCCGGGGCCCUUCCACCCGGGGGCCCUGGGCACCCUGGGGCUGCUCCCCUCCUCCCAGGGGAAGCCCCACCACCCGGUGCACCUGCCCUCCCCCUCCUGGCCCAUCCACGGCCCGGUGCUCAGCUCGUCCUCCCCCACCGUCCCGUCCCCGCCGGGCCUGAAGUUCGCCCUGCGCUCGGGGAGCGGCAGCCCCACGGGCUCGGGGGGAAACCCCGGCCCCCUGAACCUCAACGACCCCAGCAUCAUCUUCGCCCAGCCGGCGGGGCGGCAGCUGGGCGGGGUCGGGGGCCCCGGGGGGCCCGGCCGCGACUGGCACAACCACAUGGCACAGGCGGGCUCACUCAUGGGGAACGGCACUUUAGUCAAGUCAGACUCGGGCCACCCAGCCCAGCCCGCGGGCCUGAGCCAGGGCCCCUGGAUGUGGGAGCCCAGUAAGACCCCCCAGUACGGCCUCUCCCCGCCCUGGCCCUACAGGAUGCCCCAGAACUUCCUCCAGCAGGGAAACGGAGGCUUCCAGCCGGGGAAACCCUUCAUGGCUCCAGGGUCCGUGGUUCAUCCCAACCCAAACUUCCCGCUGCUCCCACACGUCCGGCACCCCGUCAACCUGAACUUCAUCCAGCAGAAGAAAUGAGGCGGCAGCAGUUUUUAAUUAGGUUUACGGUCAGUGAUAGAACACAGCAUCAUGUACUCCGCAUCUCCAGAUCACAACAUUUUUAAAAUGAAUUUUAUCAUUUUUGUACAGUUUUUAUGUUUUAUUUUUUUGUUUCAUUGCAUUGAUUUGUGAUACAAAUGUCAAAUAUUUUAAUACCCCCAUUUUUGAGGGGGUCCAAAAAAGUGUUUUUAUUUUAUGUGUAAAGUAAGGAGGAAAAAUGUAAACCUUUAUUUUUAUUAGCUGUAUUCAUACUUUGCUCGUUGCAAGAUGAAGGCUUUGAAUAGAUGGUGAAAAACAACGAUCUAACGUGUCUGUAGUGCCAAACGCAGGUAGAGAGAACAAAGGGACAAAAUGUUUGAAUAAAAAAGUCACAAAAA